AUGGAAUCGAGAGAACCACGGCAAUCAAUGAAGGUCCUGGAAAUGAACUUGAAGCUGUGGUCGAUCACCUUGAAGCUGUUGAAUUCGAACGAGAGGAGUUCUGCAAAACGCAAGCAGAAUUUUCCAACUUUUCUCAAGCCAACUUGUGAUACUUUAAGUGUAUUUUUUUUCUUUCUAAUUUACAGAAAUAUGUGA